AUGUUGCCAGUUUGCUCAGCUACCAGCACCUGCGCUUUUCAUUCCCAGGUCUCUGUACAUGGUGGAUUAACUGUUUCUUCGUAUUGGGCUGCCUCUGGAACUGCCUGUAAAAUGAUGGACCGGUUGGUCCCAGACUUUUCCAGUAGAGCUCACCAUCUCGGAGCUUGCAUGGAAAAAAUGCCCACAAAAUUAUUCUAUUCUAACUCUUUGGAGGAUAGUGGACAUCUGGGUUUCAUUGAGAAUAAGUAUUCCUUUCAGAAUGAGGUGGAUUAUCAUCAACUUCUAUUGUUAACUGAUGGAAGUCAACCCAACCAGACAAUAGAGAGGUCACUUGCCUUGGGAAAUGAGAUUCCCUAUGUUCCAAGUUCUACAGUAUCUGCUGAUGAGGGGCAACUAGUGGUUUACACCAAUCAAUUCAUCAAUGAUUCUGAUAUUCCAGUUGAAUUAGCUAAUUCAGAUUCGAUAUCAACCUUGAAUAUUAUUCAAGAUGACCCUUCUCUACCAUCUGAAACAUUGAAUAUCGAUAGUGAAACUGUAUCUUCUGCUAAAUCAAGUGCGUUGGAUAUUGCUGGUGGAACUAGCGAGUUCUUGAGUGACUUAAUCAAUAAAGGAGAAAAUGCUUUGAACAGCUCACUUGAUAACGUUUUGUCAUCGGCAAAAUCUGCUUUUCAAGAAGCUACUGAAGCAGUUGAUAGUAUCUCUGACAAGCUGAAAGUAGCCACUGACAGAACUGAAGAAAUGGCAGGGUCUCAGUUGUCUUCCAUCUCUACUGGCUUCAAGGAAGCUUCCAGUAAACUGGGAGUGAAUGCUGUUGAAGGGUUGAGGCGUGGUAUAGUUAUCAUUGAGGAUUCCAUAGCAAAAGGGUCUACUUCAGCUGCAUAUGCCUAUGGUUCUUUGAAAAAGUUGCUCCCCUCGGAGAUCCAAAACACACUGGACAUCUCUGAGAACAAGAUAGCUGAAUUCUCAAGGCCUGUUGGAUCAGCUUUUCUACAGGGUUACAGCGCUUUGCAAGAAUUUGAGAAGAAUCUCGGUUUGGACCCAAAUGAUCCUAUCAUUCCAUUUCUUCUACUGCUAGGAGCUUCAGCCACUUUAUGGGGUUGGUACUGGAUAUUUAAUUACAGUGGAUAUACUGGAGACUUAUCUGCUAAGUCAACUUUGGAGCUUGUGACAGGAAAUGACGAUGGCGUGUUGAUUGAUAUUCGGACCGAGAAUCUCAGGGAACGAGAUGGUAUUCCUGAUCUUCGGCGAGCAGCUCGAUAUCGAUAUGCCAGUGUGGCUCUACCUGAGGUUGACAGCAAUCUUAGGAACUUGCUCAAUGUAGGGCGGAACCUGGAGGAUCUGUUGAUUGCUGGUGUGAUCCGAAACUUAAAAAUUGUUCGAGAAAAUUCCAAGGUCAUAAUUAUGGAUGGUAAUGGUGUCCACUCCAAAGGAGUAGCAAGAGCACUGAGGAAACUUGGAGUUAAGAACUCGUACCUGCUUCAAGGUGGCUUUCAGUCUUGGGUUAAAGAGGGUCUUCGAGUUAAAGAGCUAAGACCAGAAACUACUCUUACAAUCCUUAACGAGGAUGCUGAAGCUAUCUUAGAGGAUUUGAAUCCUACACCUUUGCGGCUUCUUGGAUUUGGAGUAGGUGUAAUUGCUGCGUCAUAUGCGGCAUUAGAGUGGGAGAAGACACUCCAAUUUAUUGGUGUUUUAGGUCUAGCUCAGAGUAUCUAUAGGAGAGUUUCUUCGUACGAGAAUGCAGAGGAUUUUAAGCAAGAUGCAAGCCUGCUGCUUGCUCCGGUCAAAUUAGGAGGUGAAGCAAUAUCAUGGGCAUCUGGCAAGCUGGAAACAGGCCGCAACGGGCUACCAACGUCGCCAUCAUCUUCAGAUGUUCAGAACCGGGUGCUGCAAGCUGCUGCAAAGCACGAAUCUCAACCAUCUGACGGUGAACAAAUCGAAGGCCAAUCUCCUGAACCAGUAGCGUCUAUGAAUGAAAAGGUGGAUCUUUCAGAAGCAUAA